ACGUUUGAUAAUUAUCCGCUGAUUAAUGUUAUUGAUGAUAAAUCAACAAAUGACAAGAAUGAUUUUAAAUGCAAUGAAGAUAUCUCAUUUUAUAUUGAAAAUUCAGUUUCUGACAGCGAAAAAUUACUUGUACUGAAUAAUCUUGGGAUUCCUACUUCUGGAUAUAAAUUCCCUACAACAGGAAACAGACACUUAAAAUUUGCUUGGCUUCUACAAUACAAUUGCUUAUGCUUUUCUCAAAUACAAAAUGGUGCCUACUGCAAAGUAUGUGUAUUUUUUAGUCUUAACCAAGGUGUUGGUAAAGGUAUGCAUCAAACUCCAGGGAAGUUAAUAUCAGAAAAGUUUGAUAAUUGGAAGACAUCAAUUGGCUCAAAAGGGGUAUUUGAGAUACAUGCAAACAACGAAUAUCACAAAAUAAGUCUGUAUAAAUAUGAUUCUUUUUUAGCUGUUAAAAAUAAAAAAUUGAAUAUUUUGAAGUUCAAACAGGGUAUUGCUUUACGUGGUCAUAAAGAUGGUGAAUUGGUUAGAUGUGAUGAUGAUGAAAUUUACAAUGAUGGUAACUUUAGACGAUUGUUACGUUUUAGAGUUGAUGCAGGUGACCAAAAUCUUCAAAACCAUUUAAUAACUUGCUCUAAAAAUGCUAUGUAUACAAGUUGGCUGAUCCAAAAUGAAAUAAUAAAAGUUUGUAAUACCAUAAUGCCACAAACACUCAUGCAUGGUAUUAAUUCUGCAAAAUCAUUUACGGUGUUGGCAGAUGAAACAAGCGAUAUAGCCAAUAAAGAACAACUAACUUUAUGUUUCAUUGAGGUUAAAGACAUUAGUGGUAAAGUAUUAGCAUAUACCAUACUACACAAUCUUCAAUCCAUAGGUAUAGAAACAAAGUACCUAGUUGGACAGGGAUAUGAUGGAGCAGCCUCUAUGUCCGGAAUAUUCAAUGGUACUCAAGCUCAUAUACAGACAAAACACACAAUGGCAUUAUAUAUACACUGCAGUUCUCAUUGUCUAAAUUUGGCUAUCUCUUUUUCUUGUAAAAUCUCUGAUAUUAGAAAUUGUAUGGAAACUAUGCAAACAGUAUGCAAUUUUUUCUCAUACCCUAAGAGAUCAAAUGUACUUUUAGGUAUUAUUACAAAGCUUUUACCUGAUGGAAAAAAAUUUAAACUGAAAAAGUUUUGUCCAACAAGAUGGGUUGAACGUCAUGACGCUGUCAUAUUGUAUUAUGAAUUACAACCUGCAAUUAUUUCUGCUCUAGAAGACAUUUCUUUGUGGAAAGAUACAGAUACUUCAUCAGCGGCAAAUCAACUUCUAGCAUCAAUACACCAAUUUAAAUUCCAAACAUCAAUGAUGAUUCUUGUUAAACUGUUUUCAAUAUCAGUGUCACUCAGCAAAUUUUUACAAACAAAAAAUUUGGAUCUUGAAAAUGCCCUUUCUUUUGCUGAAAAACACACAAGCUACAUUAAAAGAUAUUCGUUUAAAUGCUGA